AUGACUGAACCCGCAGCAGUUACACGCUUUUUCCAGUCGCCUCAAUUUGCCGUGGCGGGCGCCAGCAACAACCCCAAUAAGUUUGGCUACAAAAUCCUGGCCUGGUAUCACCAGCACUCGCUACCGGUUACUCCGAUUAACCCUCGUGAGCAGAGCAUCCAGCUGCCAUCACGAGCAUAUUCUGUUGCAUCUUCGCCAGAGGCGUUGCCUCAACCAACCGAAACGUCUCUUUCCAUUGUCACACCCCCUAACGCUACACUCGAGCUGCUAAAGGAGGCUCGCGAGAAAGGCAUAUCGGCGGUGUGGUUCCAGCCGGGCACGUACAAUGACGAGGUGCUGAAAUUUGCAAGGUCCAACUUCUCCACUGUCAUUGGUGGCCCGGGGGGCAAUGGCAGUGAGGGAUGGUGCGUUUUGGUCGACGGUGAGGACGGUUUGGAGUCUGCUGGACGGACGUGGAAGCAGCAGAGACUGCUGCACGAAAUGGCUUCACUUACCGACUAUGACGCGCCCUUUCGGAUGCGCACCCAACUUUUUCGACCUCCUCGUACCCCGUCCUCCUCUGCAUCCAUAUACCACUCUCCCGAAAGUGUCGCAACUCGCAAACGCAUGCGCCGCGAGGGACCAGACAGCCGAUCGCCAGCGUGGGACCCCAUCUCUUCGACGGAGCUGGAAGGCCCGUCACCGUUGAUAAACACCGACUAUAUACUAGCCAACGGUGGCGAAGAUCGCCGACGGCUCGACCUCAAAGACACCAGAGAGAAACUCGUCGAAGAAUUAGACUACCGACCGAACCGAUACCGCAACAGUUCACUCUUCUCAGGCCAACGCGCUUUAUCUGCUGAGAACAAAGACGUUGGCAGUCGCAAGCGCAGUCAUAGUGAAGCCACAGAGAUGGAUUCGCUGCAAACGCCUACAGCGUCUUCUGCGACACCAGGCUGGGGGCGAGCUGUGUUCACUGUCGUUGGGAAAGUUUGGGACUUCUGCUGGACAAGUGCAUUCCGGGGCUUCUCCGCCGGCGGAGGCCAUGGCUAUCAGGUCGAAACAUCUACUCCGGCAUCUAAAGAAACAAGCACCUGGCAGAUGGUGCAGCGGCAGCAGGAUGACUCUUCAGCUUUUAUCUCCCACCAAUCAAGGCAGGAAUCGACGCCGAUUCCUGGACAAUACCCCGAGGAGGAGAUAGACGUCGAACAGACACGGGAUCAAGAAACCUGGGUCUUGCUUCCAGACGCAUCGUCAGUGAGAUUUCCAUUCCCGCGGAGUCCAAGUCCUUCACAGAUACCUCGCAGAGUGCCGCGGCGCGGUAAUGUUUCUCGUCUUCAGCCUCGACGAUCAUUAGGCAACCCUCGAGCGCUGAACAAACGACCUAUACUGAACCCUACUCGAUCCGUAGCCACCACGCCAUUAUCGACAACAGGACGUCCAUCUACGCCCGUCAAGCAGCCAAUUAGUCCCACUCGGACGUCGACUCACGGGAGUCCAGCGUCUCGGGAUGCUCAGCGAUUCGCCGCUCAGUUUCGACGGCGCGAGCGCGAAGAAGACGCUAGCAUUCAAAAAAUGAAUGACCAGCUAAAAGCGCUUAUUCGUGAAGGACGUGAAGCAUUAGGGUCUCGCGUGGAGGUUGAUGAUUUGGACCUUGACGAUUCAUAA